AUGAACAACCUGAUUAUGAAGAACAAUCUGUACAUAAAGGCCAACCUGUACAUAAAGAACAACCAGUACAAAAACAACCAGCACCAGAAGACCAAUCUAGUCAUGAAGAACAGCCUGCACAAAAAGAACAACCUGCACACAAUAAACCUGAUUACAGAGAACAGCCUGCAGAAGAACAACCAGCUCCGGAAGAACAACCUGAACAUGAGGAACAUCCUGCACAAAAAGAACCUGCAUCAGAAAAACAGCCUGCUCAUUAUAAAAACAGCCUGCACCAGAAGAACAACCUACACAAAUAGGACAACCUUCAUCAAAAAAAUAACAUGA